AUGGAAACAGAGACCAGGUCUACUCCAUCACAUGAAGUUGAUUCCAAUGUAAUGGAGUCUAGCUCAAGAGUAAGGGAAAAGGUUGAUCCGGCUUGGGAACAUUUUAGCCUUGGGGUGGAUGAGAAGGGACGGAAUACUUUUACAUGUGUGUAUUGUAGGCAAACAUAUAAAGGUGGGGGUAUUAAUAAGAUGAAAAAACACCUUGCAGGGAUAAAAGGUGAUAUUGGAUCGUGUAAAAAGGUUUCUCAUGAUGUGAGAUACCAAAUGUUGGAAUAUGUGAAGGAGUUUGAGUUGAAAAAAAAAGCUAAGAAACAACGUCAAGAAGAAAUGUUUAGUGUGCCUUCCACAAAUAGUGAUAUGCAAGAAGAUGAAGAUGUUCAAGAAGUAUUUAGUAAUGGAUUGCCAAAAAAACCUAUUUUAGGUAAAAGAAAUGGUACAAAUCCAGUGGAUAAUUACUUUGCUCCAAGAACUACUCCAGGAGAUCAACCUGGUCUUAAAAGUGUGUUCCAAAGUAAAGAAAAGGUGAGGCAAGCUGAUAUGGCUAUUGCAAGGUUUCUGUAUGACAAUUGCAUUCCUUUUAAUGUAGUGAAUUCAGUGUACUACCAAAGGAUGAUUGAUGUCGUAGCUGCUGCUGGUCCUAGUUACAAAGGUCCAUCUUAUCAUACUGUACAGGUCCCUUUGUUGAGGGAUCAAAAGAAAGAGGUUCAGUUAUUGGUUAAGUCACGACGUAGGCAUUGGGCAGAAGUUGGAUGUACACUUAUGGUUGAUGGUUGGAUAGAUACUAGACAUAAGUCAUUGAUUAAUUUUGUUGUUUAUUGUCCUAGGGGAAUGGUAUUUGUAAAAUCAGUUAAUGCCUCAGAUAUUGUGAAAAGUACCAGAAACUUAUUUAAAUUGUUUGAUAAAGUAGUUACAUGGGUUGGUCCAACAAACAUAGUUCACAUGGUUACUGAUAAUACUUCCAAUUAUGAUAUGGGAGACAUGCCUCAUGUGGAGAGACUCAAAAAAUGUGCAUCCAAAGUUACAAUUUUUAUUUAUAAUCAUGUGGCUUUAAUUGCUUGGUUGAGGAAGGGACCUGGUUGGACAGAUAUUGUACGUGUAGGAGCAACAAGAUUUACUACUACUUUCCUUUCAUUUGGAAGUCUUCAUGUGCAUAAGCAUGACUUGCAAGCCUUAAUGACUAGCAAGUUCUUUGUGGACAAUAGAUUGAUUUCAUCGCCACUCAUUUGUUUGUUACGAAUUGUUGAUUCUGAUCAAAGGCUUGCAAUAGGAUAUGUGUAUGAGGGCAUGCAUAGGGCACGGUUGGGAAUCAAGAAGAUCUUCCGAAUGAAGAAACACUUGUACAAGUCAUACACUUCAAUUAUAAAAAACCAUUGGGACAAACAUUUGCGUAAAGAUCUUCAUGCUGCUGGAUAUUGGUUAAAUCCUGCUUUUCAAUAUGGUGAGGAGAAUUUUUGUCGAAAACCAACAAUGAAUGGUGGAAGUUGUGGGGUGUUGAUGCUCCAAACUUGCAAAAAUUGGCAAUUAGAAUCCUUAGCCAAACUUCCGCCUCUUCUAGAUGAAAACCCAUAUCUUAGUUAUGAAGAGUUGGAGAAUGCAAUUUAUGAAGAGGGUGCAUAUCCAACAAGUGCAGGGCCUUCUUCUAAUAUUGAAGAAUCUAUAGAUGAUAGCAGUGAGGUUGAAGGAAUUGAUUUGGGAACAUUUGGACAACCUGUUGGCCCUCCUCCUGGAUUUCCAGGGAAUGAUGAUGAGCAUGAUAACUAUCAUGACAUUGAUGAUUUAUGA